CUUCAAAUCUACCCCAUAUUAUUCUGGCUCCCCAUCUUCACCCUCCGUCGUGGUCGGUCACCGCUUCUCCCUUCUUUGCUUCUAAUAAUAACCUCCUCCCACGUCACGCUGCUGCUGCUGCUCCCCCGUGGCUUGGCGGGCCAUCGCCAUCCUUGCUCCCACGUCAUCUCGGUGAAACCACCCUUCUCGUUCUCCCGCGUCUUCCGUUCAACCUCGCAGCGCUUCGCCUCCACAAUCAUUUCCUCCCACACUUCUGGUCCCAGCUCUUGGCGUAGGUUAUGCCGAUCGGGCGCUUACACCCACUGUUUUGUUAGUGUCUAUGGUCUGGUCGAAACCAUUGGAUCAGUGAACAAUGGCGCGCCAGUUCAAGCCAUACGAGCCGGAGCUUCACAAGCUCUCAUCGGGCACCUCUGAGAGCCCAAGCUCUCCUUAUCCCCGCGGGGGUACUCCCCUAUCCUUCAAACCAAAUGUGAACCGAGCAAAGACAAAGCGCUGGGUCGAAGCCAAAAAAUAUUCCUACGAUGGGAACGACUGGGGAGAUGAUGAAUACGGCGAGUAUGAUGACGAUGAGACCCCGCCGCUCCCGCAGCCUUCCAGCAUGAACCAGAGCACCGGAGAUAUCCCUAGCAUGUUCACCAGGGACGUGACUCGUCCGCCCCUCCCCUCGAUGGAUCGGUCGCGGUCCAUGGAUCAUGUUGCCACACUGGACGCAGCUGGGGCUCAAGCACAGCGUACCAUGUCUACGGAUCGCAUAACAGUUGAUCCGACCACCCGGACAGUCCCCAUUGUGCGUCCGGCUGAAAUCUACAAACGUAUGAGAGCGGAAAGCGCAGCGAGACAGCAAGCGUCCGACCCCGGCUAUUUUGUGGAAAACCCGGGCGCAGCACCACCUGUUGAGCCAGUGUCUCAGGACAUGUCUACCUCUCAUACGGAACAACAGGGAGCGGCAUCUACCGGCGAUCGCAUGCUCCACCCGACCCCCGGGGGUGCUGAGCGACUGUCGGAUAUUGAAAGCAUGCCCCACGGCUCAACAUCUGGAAAUACGCCUCCUAUCAUUAAAUUGCCCGAUAUGAAGCGUCUGUCUGGUUUUAACCCGGACCUGUCACUCGGGACCCCUUCCACCGCCCCGGUAGAGCCGGGGUCGGCCGCCCAGCAGCAUCAACUACAACACAACCCUUCUCUCGGUUUCCGAUCUGUUGUUCAUCAAGCUUUCGAUGUGCCCGAGACGCCGAGCACCACGGUGGACAGCAUUGCCCGGUCUAAUAGCGAUAGCACGUCAGUGAUCAGCCCGAUCAUAGCACAGCGCAACCCGAGCGAGAUCAAGACGCCCACGAUUGUAGAAGAGCCCGAAAGCAUAACCACUCCCAAAGAGGAUCCAAACAUGGUGUUCAAGCCUGGCCAUCGUCGGGAUUUGAGCCUUCCGAGUCCCAAUAAUAGCCCUUCUAGAACCCCGGUCAUAACCAGCGUCGAGGGAGCUGCUCCGUCCGUCGUAGGGGAAAUGUCGACAGAAACGCCAUCGGAAUUGCCCCCGAAUAUCCGCGCCACCUCCCAGAAAGCCGCGGUGCAACUGCCCCAGGCCGGGAAGGACCUGCCUGCGCCGCUUAGCGUGGGUAUUAGUCACCCCUCUGAGCCUACAAUCACCACUGGAGAUGGGGUUCCUGUGAUCAUUCCGUCGCCUAGUGCGGAGAACUCGCCGCAGGAUAUGGAGAGUGAUCGGCUGCGCAAGGAGAUUAUUCGUUCGUUGAGUCGGGAGAACACUCCGUCGGAAGACCCUGAUCACGAAGACGAACUCCGGCCUGAAGCACCGCGGCAGGACAGCAGUUCUAUGCUGGAUGAGUAUGAGCGGUUCUGGACCAAGGGAUCCAUGUUACCCUCUCAAGAUGUUGAGCAGCCAGCUCCAGAAUACAGCAGUCCCUCCGCAACCUCUCAAGAUUCACCCGCACCGCCGGCCCCUCUAGUUCCCGGUCCAGGGCCUUCUGCGCAAGCCUCGAAGCCGAAGCUAGCCCGGCGCUUCUCCUGGGAGUCUUCGUCGUCAGGAGAGCCUGCCCCCGAGCCGGGCGUUCAGUCACCUCCCGCGCCCAUGCCCGGCCAAUUUCCGGCUCCCAACGAGGCAGAAACCUCGCCAGAGGAACCAGCUCCUCACGAGACUAUCGUCGAGGACCACGAAAAAAGCGAGCCGCCGUCCAUGGAGAAGCCGAAGCUGACCAUCGUUCCUCCCAUCCCGGACAACCGCAGCAUCAUUUCCGAUGGGCACCUCCCCGAGGUAUAUAAUGCGGAAGCUAUUCCAGACUCUCACGCAGACGAGACCCUCCCAGCAGGCCCCGACCGGCGUGCGUCGCGAGAUGUGCUCACGGCCCCGGCGACGAUUGAGCCGACCUUGCUUGGGUUCCGGGAUAUUCUCGGAAUGAAGACGUCAGAGGAUCGUGUUCGCGCGUUCAACGAGACGCGAGCGAAGUUCGGGACCAUUGAUACCGGGCUGAACCAAUGGCUGUCAUUCACGGUGCAUACCCAUCCGGAGCACCACGACGUGGUGGAGAAGAGCACGAAGCUGAGCACGAGCGGGCCCAAGGCGCCCGUGUCUCGGGGCAAAUUCCCCAAACUGGCGGCGCUGGGGAAGACGGAUCUGGCGCCGUCCGGGUCGGGCCACGUGCGACGGCCAUCGGCACCACUGGGGGCAAUGAUGAACAAGCAGCAAGUAGAGCAGCGCGGCAAAGAACUGCUGCAUACGGCGGGGGUCCUGGGGGGCCGCGCGGGCGAGGCAGCCAAGGGGUUCUUUGCUCGGGGGCGCAGUAAAUUGAAGGGCGGGGGGAAUGACAAGGUAGAUUCUUGAUCUCUUUUCCGAUGGGUGGCCGGCAGCGAGCAGCACGCUCGGUGUGUUUGUCGUUUCUUUGCUUGUGCGAUCAUGUUGCUUGAUACCAUGCUGUAAUUGGACAUAUCUCAGUGCUUCAGAAUGUGACAUGAAUGAUGUCU